GGGGUCUAAGCCAGGCAGGCCAGGGUAGCCCAGGAUGACCCACCUGGCAGGUCAGUGGAGGGAUCCUAUGGCCACAGCCCCUCCAGGGCUGGACCUGGAAUUCCCCGCAGCAGGGGGGGGGGGGGGGGGCGGCAUGACGGGCCGUUGAGGUCACAGAGCCUGGUGGUGUCCACAAGAGAGGCAGCCAGGGACACUGACAAAUGAAUUUCGACCAGAAGGCCGUGAAAUUCCUGGCAAACUUUUACAUCGAUGGCGGCAAACACUGGACCCAUAGCCCCCUGCGACAGGAGACCUUAAUGCCGCUGCGGCCCAAGGCUGUGUGGUGGGGCCCCUGCCCCUGGGCCUGCGUGAAGGCGCGGCCCCCGGCGGUGCAGGAGUUCCCGGAGGGCCUCCGGGUGAACCUGGGCAGCCUCCCGGAGUCCUGGCGGGUCUGCCCCGGGGACUGGGACCGGAAGCAGCUGUGGCUGGAGCAGCGUGCCCCCAUCGCGAUCGCCCCGGACUACCCCGGCCCCGCCACGUACCGGGUGCCCGAUGCUUCGGUGCGCGAAUCCUCCCCGCACCCCCACUUCAGCAUCGGCCGCAAGCGCCCCAUCCCCGAGGCCGCUGGCCGCGGGGCCUGGCAGACGGUGUGGAUCCAGAGCGAGAGGCCCUUCAGUGAGAAGCCGCCUCCUCGCCCCCAGUUGCCCCCGCUGGCCAACCACGAGCAGCUGAGCGGCCACGCCUUCCCAGCCGUCAGCUUCGUGGGCCGCCGGCCCAUCCCGAAGGUCGCCCAGUCGCGCACGCCCCUGAGGCUGCUGCGGGCCCGGGGUGCGGGUCGCAGUGCCCGGCCCCCGUGGCAGGACCCUCUGCGGCCCCCGGGCGAGAGGCGCCCCAGCCCCACCGCCUACGACAUCGCUCCCGGGCGCCGCCUGCAGAGCCUGCGCCCGCCCGCCUUCUCCAUGAGCCGCUCGCCCGCCUUGGCCUCCUGGGUGCACGCCUCCCGCAGCCCGGGCCCCGCCGCCUACCACGUGGAGGACUGCUACAACUCGCGCUUCCCCGCGGCGCCCGGAGUGCUCAUCCAGGGCGUGCGGAGGCCUAAGCGCCACGAAACGGGCCCCUUCUGCUCGCUGUAGCCCCCAGCACACAGCGGCCGGCCAUCGCCCCAGGGACCCGCCACCCAGCCUGGGCGCCUAACCCUCUGGGCACCCUGACCCCCUUCCUGGCCGGCCAGCCCGCUGUGCGCUGUGGACAGGAGCCAAAGCCCACCUGCCCAGCAGGCGACACAGAAACACUGUUGGUUCCUUUGGACGUGGUGGUGCCUGGCUACCUGAGGGGUCUCCCUGGCCGCCUCUCCCGCUCCCCCUGCUCUCCUCCAGGGCGGUGGGUGGCAGCUUGAGGCUUACGGGCGGAGACAGUAGGGAGGGUCCCUCUGGGGAGUGCAGGACACCCCCAUUCAGGGGGCCAGCAGGCUACCCGGUUACCCAAGAGCCAGGCUGCUUGCUGAACUGAGAAACUGCCAGAGCUGGGGCCCGACUCCUUGGACGGCCGCCUGGGCGGAGGCCAGCUGCACAGCCACGAGGAGGGCCCAGAGGACCACCACGCAGGGCCUGGCCCCACUGCCCAGCCCACAGCCCCGGCAAGCCCGCCCAGGGCCACGCAGGCCAAGCCACAGCCCCCGGACUCCCCGGUGCGGGCCUAUCCUGAUGCAGUAGCUUGGCCAUUGGGUUCCCGGCCUGCCCUCCUCCCGAGGGUGGCCCCAUGGCGGGCGGCAGCACCCCUAUGGGUCCAUAAACACUUCUGCAGGGCGGCCAGGGCCCUGGAGCCCUAGCACACUCACCGGUGAACCAGCUGGGGAUCAAGUCCCACCCCCCUAGCAAAUCAGUGGGCCUGCAGUUGUGGUUGGUUUUUAAGUACAUUUUAUUGAUUUAUUUUA